GGAGGACGCGAGUUCAAUCCCCGACCGGUGCCACCAAGCUGGGACUUUUCAGCCACCACCGAGUGCCUUAAAACUACCCACAUUCUGUCCAGAAGACCACCUAUCAACCCAGACCCUAGAUUCUAGGAUUAACCCUCUGAGUACCGCGCUAUGGCGAGAAAACUAGUACACCCCAUACCGCACUAUGUGCAAAAAAUUUUUUUUCUUUCAAAACACUCGAAUCUAUCCCAAAACCAUAAAAAAUGUUGUCAUUCCCCUUUCCGUUGCUUAGAAGUGUACCCCCUUCAUCUCACCCGCAGCCCCGCCCCACCUGUCCAGCCCCGCUCAGCCGAGAGCGAGUUCAUGCGGCUCUGCCCGCCACUCCGUUUCAGCGCGGUUUUGUAGUUCCACACUUUUUACACUCAGUGCAUCAUGGAACAAUUAUAUUUCGAGAAAUAAGACCGGUUUUGAAAAUUAUAAAAUGACGAUACGGUAUCGUCAACCGUAUGGGAAGCAACAUUUUGUUUUUGGCAGAGGGUGGUAAGCUGUCCUGAACUUUUCCUUUGUUUUCACUAUGUGGCGUAUCCCAUAGGAUCAUGAGAACCUGGGAGAGGCUAGCCCAACUCUCUAGCUAUCACGUGAUACCCGACUGGUCUUCGGGGAACCAAAACUUUUCGCGAAAUAAGACCGAGUGUAAGGGUAACUCAGUGACGAUGUGGUAUCGUCACCCGUACUGGCGGUAACAUCCAGUGGUGACGAUACCGUAUCGUCAUCGGUACUCAGAGGGUUAAAGAUGAGCUCCAGUAGGGCAUCAUGAGCCAAUGCAAGAUGGCGCCACUAUAAACACUCGCCUGCACCAGAAUGGGCUGGGCCGACCAUCAGGCCCCACUGGGAAGAAGCCUUGGACCGACCAUCAGGAACUCAGGAUCCAAUGGGAAGAAACCUACCAGUGCAAUAGGCCAAGACAUAACCCAAGACAUGCACAAACCACUUCCUCCUCCAGCCUAUUCCAUAGCUCAAUGCUUCUGUUUGGGAAGCUAAAGUUUUUCACAUCUUGCCUACACGUGGUCGCCCUCAACUUCUUUCCAUGUUCUCUCGUUUCUCUCUCGUUGCACACACACACAGGUCCUCUCUGUCCAAAUGCUCCACUCUGCUCACCACCCUGCACACUGCUAUCAGGUCUCCUCUUUCUCUUCUUCUCUCCAGGGUUGUGAGCCCCAUGCUAUUGAGUCUCUCCUCCUAAGUCCUCCGACGUACAAAACUCAUUCAAGUAUCGGUAGUAUCGGCUGAAAAUCAGCUGAUAACGAUACCGAUACUCUUAAAAUGUGCCAAUACCACCGAUACUGAUACCGAUACUCUUAAAAUGUGCCGAUACCACUGAUACUGAUACCGAUACUCUUAAAAUGUGCCGAUGCCACCGAUACUGAUACCGAUACUCUUAAAAUGUGCCGAUACCACCGAUACUGAAACCAAUACUCUUAAAAUGUGCCGAUACUGAUACCGAUACUCUUAAAAUGUGCCGAUACCACCGAUACUGAUACCAAUACUCUUAAAAUGUGCCGAUACCACCGAUACUCAUACCGAUACUCUUAAAAUGUGCCAAUACCACCGAUACUCAUACUGAUACAUCAGUACAUCCCUAGUCUUCACUGCGCUAAACAGCACACUAUUAUUGGCAAAUAGUCUAGUGGAAGACUUAGGCGUUGAGAGUGGAAGAUCGUUAACGGUGCCUUGUGGGACACCUGAAGAAACAGGGACGGUGUCACAUGAAGAUCCAUCAAGAGGAACACGUUGAGUCCAGUUAGUAAGAAAUGCAGUGAUCCAGUGUAGAAUAGGUCCUGAAAUACCAUAGUAUUUCAGUUUUAAUGUCAGUCUUUUGUGCGAGACUUUGUCGAAGGCUUUGGCAACAUCUAAAACAAAUGGGUGUGUUAGAUACCACUGCUGUGAAGGAAAGGAACAGUAACUGGGUGUGUUAGCAACCACUGCUGUGAAGUAAAGGAACAGUAACUGGGUGUGUUGGCAACCACUGCUGUGAAGGAAAGGAACAGUAACUGGGUGUGUUAGCAACCACUGCUGUGAAGGAAAGGAACAGUAACUGGGUGUGUUGGCAACCACUGCUGUGAAGGAAAGGAACAGUAACUGGGUGUGUUAGCAACCACUGCUGUGAAGUAAAGGAACAGUAACUGGGUGUGUUGGCAACCACUGCUGUGAAGGAAAGGAACAGUUACUGGGUGUGUUGGCAACCACUGCUGUGAAGGAAAGGAACAGUAACUGGGUGUGUUAGCAACCACUGCUGUGAAGGAAAGGAACAGUAACUGGACAUGUUCAGGGGGUCAGUAUGAGGUGUUUGGUUCAUGUUCAUUUCAUGCAUUUCAUGUAUCCAUUUAUCCCGACACGCAGGCAUGGUCUCGUCCACCCACUUGUCCCGCCAAGACAGCCGUCCACCCCUUGGUUAAUCUUGCCCACCUGAAGGUGGCCAGCACGCCCAGUUUGAAGAGCACUGCUCUGUGCACUUUUCAAUUGUAUUCUCUCCUUGAUGUCCUUUUUAUGGUGCCUGUUCUCUGGUGUGGUUCUGCCCCUUCUUGGUUUUCAGUUACCCUUUUCCUGAAGGUCUUUACAAGGUGCUUUUCAGCUGCCUGCUACACGGUGCCUCCAAAAUGUUGAAGGCAGUUAAUUCAUUACUCUAGGUCUAUUUUGACCCAGUUUAUUUGGUGUAGUUUUCUCAAUAUUGUGGUUGACAACUAGUAACUGAUAUGCUUUGUUAUACAUUUUAGGAAUUUGCAACUGCUUUUUUAUUUUGAAUCAUGUUUCUAUGAGGAUGUGAUCUUUGUCCCCACAGCCCCGCCGGUGCUGUGCUCAGCGCUCCCUGCAUCUUUGCUGCCGCUGAUCUCUGUUGCAGUGGAGGCUGCAAGGCAGGGCACCAGCCUGAGUGGCCGGGACCAGCAGGAGCAGACUGUCUGUGGUGUGAGGAUCAGGGGUGAUCAGGAGAGCCACCUCACCACCACCACCACCUUGCUGCUUGCAUCUCCAGCCAUAAAGGAAAGGAAAAGUUUGAGUGCAAGAAGACUUGAGAGUGAGAGCAGGUCCACUAGACACAGCCUUCCACACACUGGUGAAGGAAACCAUGAGUGCCAAGAGUGUGGGAAAAGACUCCCUGGGAAGGGUGACCUCACCAAGUACACCCACACACUCUGGUGAAAGACCUCAUGAAUGCCGUAAGUGUGGGAAAACGUUCAAUCAGAAGAGUAACCUCAACAGACACACCCUUACACACACUGGUGAAAGACCUCAUGAAUGCCGUGAGUGUGGCAAAAAGUUCAGUCAGAAGAGUAACCUCAACACACACACCCUUACACACACUGGUGAAAGACCUCAUGAAUGCCAUGAUUGUGACAAAACGUUCAGCAGUAAGAGUGACCUCAAGAAACACACCCUUACACACACUGGUGAAAGACCUCAUGAAUGCCGUGAGUGUGGCAAAAAGUUCAAUCAGAGGAGUAACCUCAACACACACACCCUUACACACACUGGUGAAAGACCUCAUGAAUGCCAUGAUUGUGACAAAAAGUUCAGUAGGAAGAGUGACCUCGAGAAACACACCCUUACACACACUGGUGAAAGACCUCAUGAAUGCCAUGAGUGUGGCAAAAAGUUCCAUCAGAAGAGUCACCUCAAGAAUCACACCCUUACACACACUGGUGAAAGUCCUCAUGAAUGCAGUGAGUGUGGCAAAAAGUUCAGUGAUAAGAGUAACCUCAACACACACACCCUUAUACACACUGGUGAAAGACCUCAUGAAUGUCAUGAGUGUGGCAAAAAGUUCAAUCAGAAGAGUACCCUCAACACACACACCCUUAGACACAGUGGUGAAAGACCUCAUGAAUGCCAAGAGUGUGGCAAGAGGUUCAUUUCUAUGUCUGUGUUGAACAAGCACAUCUUCAGACACUCUGGCCUGAGAGAGUUCAAGUGUGAUGUUUGUAAGAAACAUUUCAAGACCAAGGGGGAUAUUGCCCAGCACAUGAAGAUUCACUUCCCCUGAGGUGCUGUGUUGUGCUGCUCGAUGUGUUAUGCAUGUGUGUGUGUGUGUGUGUGUGUGUGUGUGUGUGUGUGUGUGUGAAGAAUAGAAGAAUAGAAUAGAAUGCAUUUAUUGCUCAGACUUUUACGAUAAAAGUAUGGAGCACAGCCCCUGUGUAACCAGUUAUAUCAUCAACUCUAUCUAAAAUGCCUCAGAACUAAUUUAAUAAAAUGAGCCAAAUUGCUUAGCAUGUGCACAUUCAUCCCCUAUUUGUUCACCAUUACAUUUAUCACAAUACCAUUCUUCUCUUCUGAUAUCACGGUACCUGCCACUGACAACUGGUAAUUGGUUAUUUCCUGUGAGAAUCUUACUUAUAUUGAUACGGUUUGUUUUACUUAGUUUAACAAGGUAAUCCUCAAUCCCAUAAAUUUCUUUAUACAUACUGUAACUACUACAUUUGCCUUUUGUUGUUAUAUUCCUAUACCAAGUUGAUAUCCAUAAAUAUUUCAACCUCUGCUCAACGGUCUUCCUAAACAACUUAACAUUGUUGAUGGUUUGUGGCUGCCAUACGCCUGACAGACCACAUUCAAUACAUAUACGUUUUAUAUAGUCCAACCAUGGCAAUAUAAAAGUACCAGACAUACAUAAGUGCAAUAAACAUGUGUACAUAACAUAA